ACGAAGGCGCACACGCGCACACACGCGCGCCCAGAGCGAAGCUUUCGACGCAAGAACAGAAUUUACGGUGCGCGUGUACCUUCCCUCAGUUUGUUAUCGGCUUCCGUACGAGGCAGAUCACGUUGCACAUUUGUAUCAAAGUAGCCUUUAAGAACGUACAAAUUAAAUGAAAAUAAAUUCAUUAUUACCACCGUGAAGCACUUUUAUAAUCAACAAAAUAAAAUAUCGGGAGAACAAAAAACCAAAUUGACAACUGGUAUUUGCAACGAAUUGUGCACGUGCACGUGCGGCACUGGGCCAUCGCGCGUACCCGAGAAAACAAUAACUAAAGAAAACGAUAAGUUACAAAAAUUGAGCCAGCGUGAAACGUGAAAUUGGGACAAUUGGAGAAAAAGAAAAGCCUCAACAAUCGGUAUACAUGGGUCCGAAAUCCGCAAGGCCCGCCUCCAUACACACCGAGUACAACACAAGCUUGCGCAAUCUCAAGAGUAUCAAAUUUAAGUAAUCGAAAAUAUACACACGCAUAUGUAUAUAAAUAUAGUAUAUUUACAUAUGAAUUAAUGAAUAUAUCUGUAUAUACAUGUACAGAAAUAUAAUACAUUGAAAAUUGUAUGGAGAUUCGCAUUUUCUGUGCACGAAAAGGGGCGUGUAAUUAGUUACGUGACUUGGAUAAUAAAAAAAGCAACGCCACAAAUUGGAAACAGAAAACACAUCGUCGUAACAUCGUAACAUGCAAUAAAUCGAGAGCUAAUCGCAGCUCACUACUCUCGUCACGCUUCCAAUUAUAUCGACUAAUUUAACUAUCGAAGUUAUUAUUUUCCUGAAAAAUAAAGAGGCUACCACAACAAUCGGAGUUUCAAAAGUGUGCCAGAGUGUCAACGACGAUCGAAAAGAGUCUACGACUCGAUCGUAGAUUUAACAGGGUUGAAAAGUUGACGACGAUAAAUCAUCGAGGGCUGUGCUAUAUAUAUAUGAUACAUAAUAUAUUCGCUGCAUCGCAGUACGCGAAUCUGGAUAAAGCAGUUCUAAGAAAUUUUUGAAAUUUCUUUGACAUAUUUUCAAAACAGCGAUACCAGGGCGUCAUAAGACGUCAACUUUAUUGUUGUAUAAUACAUUCUGGCUGGAAAUCUUACGAGUGUAUCUUGCGCACCCACAAGUUUGGCAAAUAGAAAAAAAAAAAAGAAAAAAAAAACGAACGGAGCACAAGGGCUAUUGGAAAUCGGCUGUCCGAGUGAGUGAUCAAUUCAUUAUAGCUUCGCAUCCCUGGAAAAGAAUAACACUCCAGUAAAUGUAAAUGUACGUUUACCUGAGACAACGGAAAUCUUGAAAUAUAUAUUUUCUCAAUUGUCGAAGUGCUGUCGGUAGGCAAAAGCGUUUGUUUUCUUUUCCUUCGUGUCUGAUCGAAACGAGAUUUAUCCACUGAAAAGAUUCUCCCUGCUGCAUACUACUCGGAAAUACCUUGACGGACGACAGUUUCGCGAAAUUUUAUGUUACACGAACGGCGACGAAGUAAUUUCAAUUGAUUUUGUUUUUCGAGUGCGUUGCACUUUCCUGAGAAAAUCUGCUUGGGCGUCAUAAAAAAUACCGAGAAUUCUUGGAUCACUCAACGAGUUGCAACCUUUUGGCGACGAAGUAAAACGUCAAAGGCUAUAAAAAUCGUUAACCAAGUUCGAUUGCGAUUCACCUCGACUCGUGCAUCUGGCGUUUCUCCGAGGGGCUUGUUCCUCAAUCUUGUCCAGGGGCAACGACGACGACGACACCGGAGACAACGUCGCCGAUUAUUGUUGUUGUGGCAGAAUAACAGGGGCAGAGGGCGGGACGCGCGGAGAGAAACAGGGGAGGUGGUGAAGAGAGAACGAGGAGUACGAAGUUAAAUCGCCGCGACGAUUGAGUCUCGCGAGAGCCGCGAACAGGAAAACUAACCACCACCAAACGCUCCCGACCUCGAAUCCAAAGGGGAGGGAAAGGAAAAGAAAACAGAAUAAUUCACUGACCCAUGUGGAUCAACCGACUACAUAUUAUUUUUCAUUGGUGCGUUAUGAGUUUUAACGAAUGUUCAAAUACGAAAUGUACAUACGCAUGUUGAAAUAUAUAUGUUAAACGCUCAAGAAUCAUUCUCUCCGAGUUCCUGAAGAAUUUACGACGAAAGAUAAACGGAAGAAAAUCCAUCAGGACUUACUUCCUGGAGGACACGUCAAAGAUACUCAAACACAUUGACACUGACACAUGCAGACACUUAUAUAUUCAGGAAGUGGAUUCGCAAGAAGAUACUCGAUCGAAAAACGUCCUGAACAGAAUGAAAGAUCAAUGAUACAGAAGAGACGCGUAUUUACUAUGAAUUAGUGUCGCUGAUGCCUUGAAACUGAGGAAUACCUUCCAUCUCUUACGAAUGUUAUGAUUUUUCUACGUAAAACAAAAAAAUACGAUUUGAUCCGAGUGUCAUUUAAUUCCUCUGUUCGCGAUCCAGUGAUCGAUCGAUUACAUCCAGUGUGUGAAUUAUAUUUUCGAGCAACGAUUCAGUGGGAUUGGAAUUGCCGGGGAUCUUAAAAAUAACGAAAUUCUUGUUGAAUUGUUGAAGAGAUCGACUAGGAAAGAAAAAGAGAUAAAGCUAAUUUUUCCAGUUUCAAUAUUACCGAUAGUAUCGCUUACGUAUUACGGAAGAAAAUAAUAAGCAUUGUUAUAUAUUAAUACGCGAGAAUGGUUACGAAGUCGGAAAACGCGCGUAACGGGCACGAAUUGGCACCCCUCAACGAGGAACGCCAAGGUGGUCAUAACGUAACGAUUGUUGUGACCUCGAAUCAGAACGCAGCUGCAGGACAAGAUGGGAAUGAAAACAGAGCCGCGUGGAGCGGCAAGAUGCAAUUCUUCCUCAGCAUCAUCGGUUACAGUGUUGGUCUUGGAAAUAUCUGGAGGUUUCCAUAUUUGUGCCAGCAAAAUGGGGGUGGUGCCUUUCUCAUCCCCUUUUUCAUCAUGCUCGUACUGGAAGGAAUUCCCCUUUUCCUCAUCGAAUUGGGCAUGGGUCAACGCAUGAGACAGGGAGCUCUUGGGGUUUGGAAUACGAUUCAUCCCUGGCUCGGCGGGAUAGGAAUUGCUUCCUGUAUAGUGACUUUUUUCGUUGCUUUGUACUAUAAUGUUAUUAUCACAUGGUGCUUCUACUACCUCUUUAAUUCAGUUCAAACUAUCACGGUUAAAUUUGGAGACCCAUUGCCAUGGGCAUCGUGUCCACAAUUGGAUGGUAAACCGGUGGACGAGUGUGCCAAGAGUUCAGAGACAGCUUAUUUCUGGUAUCGCACCACCCUGGACGCUGCACCCUCGAUCGAAGAGGGUCAGGACAUCAAGUGGUGGAUUGCACUUUGUUUACUGCUCAGCUGGGUUAUCGUCUUCUUCAUCGUAAUGAAGGGAAUCCAAUCCUCGGGAAAGGUGGUCUACUUUACGUCCCUCUUCCCCUAUUUGGUGCUCACAAUUUUUUUCAUACGAGGAAUAACGUUAAGGGGAGCUGGUUCUGGUCUUGCUCACAUGUACACACCCAAGGUGGAAAAGCUGCUGGAACCAAGAGUUUGGCUGGACGCUGCGACACAAGUGUUUUAUAGUUUUGGUUUGGCCUUCGGCUCGUUGAUAGCCUUUGGGAGUUAUAACACACCGGAUAACAAUUGCGUGCGUGACGUCAUUCUUGUCAGUUGCUGCAACGUAUUCACUGCACUGUACGCCAGUGCCGUUGUGUUCGCGAUACUCGGGUUCAAAGCCAUGAGCAACGUUGACAAAUGCCUUGCCAGCAAUCGAGAAUUGCUCAUCGAUGCAGGAUUUCUCAGUGUCAAUGCUACUACUGAGCAAUAUCAAUUGGCUGCAGAAACUUACAAUACUUCGGGACAAAACUUUACCCUCGAUGCUUGCAGCAUCAGCAGUCAAUUGGAAAACGCCGCUGAAGGGACAGGCCUAGCUUUCAUAGUCUUUACCCAAGCAAUCGUUGAACUACCUGGUGCUCCAUUUUGGUCUUGUAUAUUCUUCCUGAUGUUAUUGGCGCUUGGGAUAGGCUCACAAAUCGGAAUUCUCGAGGGAAUGCUGUGUGUUAUUUUUGAUAUAGAUCUUUUCAAAAGGGUGAAAAAACAAUACAUUACAGGUGUUGUAUGCGUCGUUUGUUUCUUCGUUGGUCUCAUAUUCUGCACGGGAGCUGGUGAAUACUGGCUUAAAUUAUUUGACAGUUUUGCCAGCACCAUUGGGCUCGUGGUCGUCGCUCUAAUGGAAAUGAUUUCCGUUAUCUUCAUAUACGGUCAUGAAAAAUUUUCGAAGGACAUUCAAGAUAUGACUGGUUAUCGACCAGGCUGGUACUGGCAGAUAACAUGGCGGUUCCUCGCGCCCCUCAUCAUGGUCUGCAUCCUUGUUUCGAGUAUGGUUUCGAUGCUAGUCAAAAGACCCGAAUAUUCGGCGUGGAGUGCUUCUUUGGGGAUGACUGUACAAAGAAGUUAUCCCGACUGGGUGCUCGGAAUUGGCAUAUGUAUUAUUGUAGCCGGCGUUGCUCCGAUACCUAUCGUCUUCCUAUUGCGAAGAUUCCAAUGCGUUAAGCUCGACGUCGACAUACACCAGGGCAGUAUCCGGCGGAUUGACACGACGGUGUCAACCAAGGAAAUGAUGGGUGAUGUCGAUCUGGACGAGUAUCACAGUAGACUGGAAGAUUUUUCAGAAGAGGAUGAGGACGUGAACAGCGAUGACGACAACAAUUCAGCACCGCAGAAUCUCCAAAAGAUGGCAGCAAAUCAGCACAAGAGCAAAGGUUUCAAAAUGGAAGUGAUGGAAUUCUGAGACGAGAGGAAAUGAGCUCGAAAUUCCGAGUUCAAACGAAUCCGCAAUAUCCCAAUCGAGUCGGUAACUCCCCUUCGACCGUCGUCAGCGAUGACAAAACGUUGAAAAUUGAUUUUUUGUAUAGUUCGCAAAAACCUUUCCUCCUCAGCGUUGUAUAGAUUUGCAGAAAAACGAACAAAACCAAAAACCAAAGAAUAUUAAGCGAGACGAGAUCGCCGGAUAUACAUAUUAAUAAAUCGAAACACGGUUUAAUUUCACCACCGAAAUUUGCGAUUGUAACAAGAAACCACGAAAAAAAAACACACACACACACACAAAAAACGGAUUCAAGGAAUUAAACUGCCAUUCGUACGAAAGUGGCAUUCGGAGGAUAAUAUUAUAUUUAUGUGCAUACGUAUAUUGCGACGAGAACUUUUUCAACGUCACUUAAAUAUCUGACCUCACUUCUGCUCGAUGCUCCGAUCCCGAUGCAGCUUUGCAGAGUUUCUCAGAGCGAAAGAAUGAUGUUUUUUGUCUUAUUCUGUAAGGAGAUACGUAGCACGGCAUACCUUCACAAUUUGAACUUUUUUAAUGUGCUUGUCAUCAAGACGUUGUCGAAUUUCUAGAUUUUCAUUGGUCAAAUCUCUAAAAAAAACGUACUCCGUAUUAGGAGCCCCAGUUGAGAACUUUUUCUUUGCUCCCUGCUCCGUCCACAUGCCGAGUGUCCCCCUCAGGUGACGUUGAGCGAAGCGUUUCCGCGGGCACUGCAAAAAAUUAAUUUUACUCUGUUUCCAAAUCAAGUAGCGGCUUAACCUCGGUUGCAAAAUUAAGGUCGUGUCCUGCUAUGGAUAUCUGGCAUUCUGUUUUUGUUUUUUUUGACUUCUUUCAAAUAUUUUCCCAUGCAAUAAGGCUCAAUUUUUCGUCUAACAUCGACCUCGUCUAUUCCGCUGCAAGGAAAUUGGUCAACUGUUGUUUUUUCUCUACCGUGUCGUGUUGAUUCGACAUUCAAAUGGAAGCAUGAGGAAUCGAGCAUUACGAGGGAGAGGUCGAAUUUCAAUGGCGCAAAGUACAAUUUUUCGUCGCAAUAUGCGCGUAAAUAUGUAGAUAAAAUUGGGCAGUAUAGAAUCGUAGUAUUAGUGGGACGAGCCUCGAUGACCUUUUUCGUUCCUUUCAUUAAGAAGUCAUUCUCGUCGAUGGUAAAUAGUCGAUAUUUUGAGACAAAUAGUAAUUGAUGCUCGUGUUCAUCAACUUACGAGAUGUGGGUGUAGGACGAAAUAAUGGAUUUCAUUUGAAAUAAUUUUAUCAUUACUUUUAAGAUCCCGAAAAAGCAACAGCAGGAUAAUUAUCGCUGAAAGACACAAACAAAAGAAUGAAAACGAGUUUGUGGCGCCAUGAGAAUGAUUAUAGUCUACGUUCGCGUCCGCGAAAAUCAGUCGGUACAAAUUUCAUAUUUUACAAAAAGGGGAACCUCAGCGAUUAGACAGAAGAAGAAAAAUUAAACUUGUUUUUUCGCUCUAAAAUAAAUCUAUCGAGAUUGACUCAGCUGCGAUCAUUGUUCGGCUGGUUCACCCUAAGAUAACGAAAAACAAACAAUAAUAAAUAAUAACAAUUGAUCGCGAUUGUUCUCGCGUAAGGGUGACCAACGAGGCUCGAAAACGAAGCGAUUAAUACCUUUUUUUCGCUAUUUGGUUCAUUCUCAUUUGAGUUGUUCAUUCUAUUCGGUUAUCUUAACGUCGUUUUUAUUCUAACUGAAGAACGGUUUUUUUUACACUAUCAUGUCGAAUAUAUAUCGCACCGAUACCCGAGAGUACAAAGAGAUCGAUCAAAUCUGAGAUUAAGUGAAUGUGGUUGCGUUUUUUCAUGGAUUAAAGCCAGAAACGCAUCGAUUCGAAAGCAAAGGAAAAAUCACUUAUGCUAAGCUCUUCCGCCCCCUUUUUAUUUAUGCUUCAUGGGCAUGCUUGUGUUACCGACGUUAUCAAGAAAAACUUAGAAAUUCAUAUAUUUGGUAUCUACAUCGCGCUACGUUAAACAUAAGUGUUGUUGAGAUCAAUAGCACUAUCGCAUUAAUAUCCUCGGAAACUAUGUUAUAGAUUAAAACAUAAUCGUUGCACUCCAACGGCGUGUGGAGCAUGUUCCACGAACUUUGUUAUUUUUUUUUCUCAAAUCUUUUUUCAACCCUAAAAACUGUACAAAUUGAAUUUCCACACGAAAUUAUUUUCAUCCUCAAAAAAUGUGCCCUCGUUUUAUUUCGAUAAAGCUCCAUAAUGAUUUCGACUACGAGUUUUGUAACGAACUCUCAACAUUGUUAUUGGCCCUAGGUUACAAAAUGUUCAAACAACGUAGCGUUAACCCGCAGACACCACACUGGUGCAAAUUUGCACCAGUGAAACUUAUCAUUUCAUCCAUGAACGCAUGGAAUCUAGAGUCGCGGUAGCGACUCUGAGACAAGUACAUUUACGUAUGACGAGUCGCUUCCAGAGAGUCUUUACAGGAGCGAGAAUGUUUUUCAGCUGUUUUCGAUAACUUUCGAAAUUUAUUUCUUUAAUGAUUUAAUAAUUAUAGUGUUUCAGUGAAUUCUGCAAGAUGA